AUGACAUUAGUAACAGAUGAGACUUCAGCCGGUCCUAUGCCCGACUGGUGGGAUGACCAGAAGUUCGUCAUUGGCUUGCGACAACGCACUGGGUUCAACAGGGCGACAAUGAAACAUCUGAUAUCGAUAUUCAACUCACUUGCCAGAGGGAAGAAGACUCUCGACUACUCUGAUUUUGAAAACGGUUUCGCCCUUGUUAACUACUUCAUCAAUUAUGAGGAGUAUUCUAGUUUGUAUGAAGCCUCUGGUGGUCAUCCCCCAAAGAGAGUUCCCUUAUCUAAGGACACUUACCUAAGUGCAUUUACAGCAUUUGAUAGGGAUAGAGGAUGCCUGAGUGCUUUCCACAAGUUUGAUUUCUACGUCGAUGGGCAGCUGAUGACACAGUACCAAGCUGAUGGGUUGAUCAUUGCCACUCCGAGUGGAUCGAGCGCUUAUAGUAUGGCUGCAGGAGGAAGUUUGGUGGCUCCUAAUGUACCUUGUAUUCUGGUGACACCGAUAGCGCCACAUGGGCUGUCACAGCGGCCUCUGAUUCUACCAGCGGGGGCGACAAUAGAAGUUGGCAUACCCACUGACUCACGAACGCUGCCUAUAGCUAGUUUCGAUGGUGCUACUAACAUCGUACUUGAUAGGGGCAGUAGAGUGAGAAUUACCACAACGCUGGGCUCCGAAGCGAAUGAAGUAAACAAAGAAGGCGAGAGGGAAAAGAAGAAAAAGCAGAAGCGACAGUCAUCGCGGGUUGGCGAUGAUAUUGAUAUCGGGAACUGCAAGACGGUGGCUGCUGAAGCUCUGGGCGUGAGUCGAUUAGAAGAUGCGGUCCUCCACAGAGAUGCUGAUUUCAUAGCGAUUAAUAAACCAUGGGGUUUAUCUGUCACGGAUGGUCCGAAGGUUAAAUAUAGUCUCCAACGUCACCUGCGUGCAUUUACAUCUCCCUCUAGUUCGGAAGUGCCAAUACUCAUUCACCGACUGGACACUGCUACGGCUGGCGUACAACUGUUAGCACGACAUAAAUCAGCGGCUACUAUGGCGAGAGAUCGUAUCGGGGCUAGAUCAUUCUGGAAUCGUAUUUACUGGGUGUUGGUAUGGGGUCGAGUGCAGCUCGGUCCACGACAAUUCAGUGGGACUAUAAAUAUACCUCUAAUUCACAGGGGUCAUCAUGUGAAACCAGCAUCUUUCCACACGGCCGAGCUUUCUGCUAUAACGAGAUGGGAAAUCCUCAAGUUUUCUCCUUUCGCUGGAGGAAUAACCUUGUUGAAAUUGGAGCCAUAUACGGGCCGGCGAGAUCAGUUGCAGGCACACUGUGCAUUCGGACUGAGAACGCCCAUUGUGGGUGAUGACGUAUACUCGAAAGAAGCAAUUCGGUGGAACGAUGCAUAUCCCGAAAAACACAUGUUGCAACGCAAGGAAAUGUUCGGCGAGGAGCUUAUAUGCAAACGCAUGGUGUGUUCUAGACAGAUUUCCAUGCAUUCUUUCGGUGGGGAUCAAAUAGACAUUAUAGCACCGGUGCCGCCACAUAUGCAGCAGAUGUUCGACAAACUAGGAUGGUACAUUGAAGACUCGCAAACGGCUCGACCAAAUGACUUAUGGGAUGCCAUUGAGCUUCCAGAUGAGGGACAAGGAGCUUCUUCAGCCGACUUAAGGCCUACUUACGAUGCGGAAGAGCCUUUAGUGUUGUCAUCGACAUUUGCCGAGAGGGAGAGACAGUCUCACAAGUCAACUGAGCUCAACUUUGCACGGCGGUAUAAUAAGCGAGUUACGGAGCGGCAAAUGGAAAGGACUCAAGAGACUCGAAUUGAGAGCGUAUAUGAUGAGAGAUGA